UGCCACUUUUUUUCUUCAUUAUUCACUUCAGUCUCUACACUCAAACAAAGAAAGAAAAAUUAAGAGAGAGAUGCAUCGCGGAAGCGCGUUACUCGUUCUGUUAAUUUGCAUUGUGGUAGCUGGUGUCGGCGCCCAAGCUCCUGGGGUCGCUCCCACUAAAGCUCCACCGGCAGCGGCUACGCCUGCCACGGCUCCCGCCACUGCUCCAGUGAGUAAACCUGAAACCCCAGCUCCAACCGCUGCUCCUACUUCUCCACCAACUUCUUCACAACCUGCUUCGUCACCACCGGCUGCAGCUCCGGCGAAGUCCGCAACGGCUCCAGCUCCGGUAAAGUCCGCAACGGCUCCAUCUCCAUCUAAAUCUGCUCCGGCUUCUUCACCACCGGCUGCUACACCAGAAAGUUCUCCUCCGGCUCCAGUCCCUGUGAGCUCUCCUCCAGCCAAAUCUCCACCCGCCGCUGCACCGACAACUCCUCCGGAGAGCUCCACCUCUCCCCCCGCUGCGGCACCAACCACUGCUGAGGUUCCCGCACCAGCUCCAAGCAAGAGUAAGAGCAAGAAGAAGUCUAAGAAACAUCAUUCUCCCGCUCCUUCACCUGAUCUACUUGGACCUCCAGCUCCACCUACCGGAGCUCCCGGACCUAGCCUCGACGCUUCCUCUCCAGGCCCUUCCGUCGCUGCGGAUGAGAGUGGAGCAGAGGCAAUCAAGAGCGCGCAGAAUAUAAUAGGAGGAUUGGCGUUGGGAUGGGCAGCCAGUGCUUUGAUCUUCUAGAUCUGGGAGAGAUUUAGAUUUGAUGCUCUGCUUUAUUUUAUUAAUUUAUUUCUGAAGUCUCACAUGCGAUAUUACUGUAUUCAUUUUACUCCAUCGGGCUGCUGUGGUUUUACUCUGCCACAUUUGCUUUGUGUAUUCUUUGUGGAAAGUUUGAGUUUCUUGUAAUUUUCAUCUCUUUAUUUCUAUUUGGAUCUUGGACCA